GCCAUAUAGUCUCUGAUCUCAUCAGAGUCGUCUGACAACCGUCCUGCGUGGACACUGCUUGCGAAUAUUUCAAGCAAUACUAGGAGCAUUGACCACGGUGACGCUAGCUUAAAACUUGUCGAUGUGCUGCGUCCCGCGUCAUCUUUGAUCGAAAGUAGGAAGUACUGUUCUUUGAAGGACAUCAUCUAGGGAGUCCCUGGACAUCUGACGACUCAUCUGCCAACCCGCUCCGAAUUCAGCCACGGUUCAUACUCUUCAAGUUAGUUCAAACUCAACAACCUGUCUGAUUUGGCGCAUAAAAGGAGACCGUGAACGUUGUUCUCUAGGGUUUAAGCCUGAGCUACUAUGCAAAAGUUCUUCUUCUUUCUGACAUGUGCUGCCUUGGCGCGCGUCGCAAAUGCGCAAAGCGUUUUUGCCCAUUUCAUGGCCCAAAACUCGUAUUCAUAUGCCGAAAGCGAUUGGACGAAUGAUAUGACAACUGCUCAGAACAUUGGCAUUAAUGGUUUCGCAUUGAACAUUGUCGCGAACGACUAUGAAGUCGACAGGAUCGUUGAUGCAUAUGCAGCUGCGGAAAGUUUGGGCUUCAAGCUCUUCUAUUCCUUCGAUAUGUCAUACACUUGGCAGCAGAGUGACAUGGUUAACAUCGUCGCCAAUCACUCGUCGAGUCCGAGUACCUUUCUCUGGAAAAACGCUAUACUUGUAUCGACAUACUCAGGGGAGAGUUACGGAGAGGACUUCUGGGCUAGCUUCAAGAGCACACUUCAGAGCCAAGGCAUUGACAUCGCACUUGCACCCGCGUUCACAACUUACCGUGACACCUCGGAUGCUGCUUCACUCGUGUCUACGUUUCCCUCAAUUGAUGGGUUCUUCAAUUGGUGGUCCUGGCCUGCCGAUGUCGACGCAAACUUAACGACAGCCACGGAUUUGGCCUACCAAGCAGCUGUCUCAUCGCUCAGUGGACCAUAUAUUAUGUCUGUCUCGCCUUGGCAGUUCAAGAACAUCGAUGGCGCUGGAGAUUGGGUGGAAUACAGCGAUACGCUGUGGAACUACCGCUGGCAACAAGCUGUAAAUGACGUGAAACCUGACAUUGUAGAAAUAGUAACUUGGAACGACUAUGGGGAGUCCCAUUACAUUGGUGAUAUCAAUCCAAAUGUGGACCUUGGGACACAAGCUCCACUUUACGUCGAUGGUUUCGUCCACGCUGCCUGGCGAGAUGUAGCUCAGUACUAUAUUUCAUGGUUCAAGACCGGCUCUGCACCUAUCAUCACAACAGAUAAGGUCGUCUUCUGGUAUCGUGCGUGGCCAAAAGCCAUCACUUGCAGUACCGGGUCCCUACCACGCAAUGCUGCAUACCCCGAGGACGCCGUUUUUGCACUCGCCAUGCUCAAAGACACUGCAACUAUCACACUCGCCAUGGGUAGCAACACGGGAACUUUCACCGCUGGUCCGGGUAUCACUAUGGGUUCUGUCUCGUUCCCUCCAGAGGAUUCGCAAAUCCCCUAUAUUGCGAUCAGCAUAGAUGGCACAACAGUUGCUGACACCCAUGGCUCGAUGUAUGUGAACCAAAACGGAUGUACGUACUACAAUUUCAAUCCUUUCGUUGGGAGCGUCAGCGAGUGAUAUGUAGUUAUUCCUAAUUAUAAGACGUUGC